AUGAGUUGCACACCUGCAACGUUAGGGAAACCUCCCGUGUGUGAUCACUGUGGCGCUCCCUUCACGAAAUCAACGGCAAAAUUCUGCUCGAAAUGUGGGACGAAGAAGAAGGGGACGUCAAGCCCGCAAAAAAAUUUGACCGCGAAUGUCGGACAAGCUUCGAAACCCAGUGGUGCAAACGCCACACAGCGGAGUGCCAGGGCGAGCUCGACUCUCAAGCCUUCACCGAACACCAGCCACAAUCCCCAGGAACCUCUCGGAACUAGCUCCACUAGAUUUCCUCCCAUACAAUCGCCCACGCCGCUUUCGACUGUUAAGCAUGAAUUUAGUACGCAAGAAAGUUUGGAUGAGGGCACGCUGCGGGCAUCACCUGAGGAAGAGGCAAAAUACACCGCUCUGACAACACUCAACCCUGAGGGCAUUACGCCUGAGAUGCUUCAAACCGCGAAUUCUUCUGAGCUUGGUACGUGGCGCAAGGGAUUGCUGAUCGGACGGGGGACGUAUGGUUCGGUGUUUCUUGGACUUCUUGAUAGCGGUGCUUUCUACGCCGUGAAGUGUGUAGAAGUUGGUAAUAAAACUGGAACGUUUAGUGUGAAGGAGCUCGUUUCGCUAUCGCGCGAGAUUAACAUGAUGCAACGCCUUAGUCACAAGAACCUCUGCACCUUCAAGGGCGUAUACUUCGAUCCAACAAACUCCGCUAUUUGCAUGUUCAUGGAGUAUAUUGGUGGUGGCUCUCUUUCUGCGCUCGUGAAGAAGUUUAAACCACUUCCUCCCAAUGUUAUUCGCCGUUGGACGCGACAGCUUCUCUGUGGGCUGCUCUACUUGCACUCCCAACGCAUCAUUCACCGUGACAUUAAGGGCGACAACAUACUUGUAGACACUUCCUGUGACCCAGAGCGUGAGGCACAAAUUAAACUGGUGGACUUUGGUGCCGCCCGUCGGUUAUCGGAUGCGGUGGCACAGAGUCGAACGGUGAUAGGAACACCAUAUUGGAUGGCACCAGAAGUGGUAGACGUGACGGGUGAGGCUGGUGGGUAUAGUUACAAGGCGGAUGUUUGGUCGGUGGGUUGUACAGUAGCUGAGAUGCACACGGGAAAACCACCGUGGCCGAGCCAGGCCAACGCGGCAGCGGCAAUUAUGAUGAUUGCCCAAUCACCAGAGGGACCAACAGAACUUCCUGUAACCGAGGCAACGUCGGGUUGCUUAGCCUUUAUGCGCCGCUGCUUAGUGCGUGAUCCGAUUCAGCGGCCAACGGUUGAGGAGCUUUUGCAAGAUCCGUGGAUACUGGGGGAAACGGAAUAA